ACAGCUAUUCCAAGUCCUUCAUAGGCUACUUCAUUGCCCAAACAGAAGUGUAUUUUGUUCUUCACAGAUCUUUUACAUUUUGUGUCACGGUAGCUUUUUACAGAUUGUGACCAACGUAUCCGUUUUUGCAGAUUCGUGAUGAACAUGUCAGCCGUGAAUCUGGUGUCAUGCUGGACCCUGCCACUGAUUGCUGUGUACAGUCCCACAUCGGAGAGUGGCUGCGUAGCGGGCAGAGGCUUGGCCACAGGACUGUGUGCGGCGUCAGUGCUCUCCGUGCUUCUCAUUGGCUUUGAUCAGUACUUGGCAAUCCUGGAUCCUCUGCAUUACCAUUCACGGAUCACGUGCAUCAGAUCGGUGGUGCUGGUGUCUUGUUGUUGGUUGUUGUCUGGAUUUGUCGGCUUGGCUGGAUCUCACGCGGGAGGAUGGCCCUGUUCCUCCCUGCAACCCCCAUCGCGCAUCUUUGCUGCCACAUUUGCCAUGUUUUUCUUUGGGAUCGUUUUCUUCGUGCCAUUCGCACUUCUGUGCUGGAUGUAUGCUGCAAUCUACUAUGCUGCCCGUAGCAACAGUCGCAAACAUGGAUACAUCACCCCAGAAUAUGGCAUGAUCUCCAUGGAACCCAAAAGCAACCCCUAUUAUCUCGUCCAUAACCUGCGUCACCGUAUCUCUAAUGCAAGCAUGUUCCGGUAUAGAGAAGAAGCACGAGCAGCCCGGGUAUCAGCUCUAGUCAUUGCCACUGGUCUUGCCUGCUGGUUCCCAUUCAGCAUGAUGCUACUGCUCGAGUCACCAGUCUGGGAAUUCCCUGUCUCCCCAAUGAUGGCUCGCGCUGGUGUCACUCUGCUCGCAUUAUCAUCAGUCUUGUCGGCUUUGCUGUUCGCACACCGCAACCAGCGCAUCAGGAAUGACAUCCGCAAGAUCUUCGGUUUGAAUGGCAAUGCAGGAAACCCAAUCGUGAGGAGAAUUGUCGCCGAUACCACCCAGUUUCAUGUUCUUGGAAGUUCCUUCUCUAGCGCUGCCACAUCUUCGACUGACAACUCUCUUGCUGAGUCCGUCUAAACAUCAAGUCUCAAGCAUCAAAUCAAAGACUAGUUACAAGAUACACCUCUAGACGUUUUCCUUUUUUUGAAAAACAUUUCAAACCAGUUUAGUACUUCUCUCUAGUAGUGACAAGACGUCGAUUUGAACCAUAGAUCAUUAAGAGACAAAAUCUCGCGCCCCACCCCAUCUAGUGCCCCCCGUCACCCCUUCCACCGCCAAAAUUAUUUUAUUCAUCCUCUUCGUUAUCAUCAUCAUCAUAGUGACAAGACGUCGAUUUGAAUCAGUUUCGAUGUGAUCCAUCAAUUGUUGUAUACUAUCAGUAGAUCAUUGAGAAGCAAAAUCUCGCGCCCCACCUUAUCUAGUGCCCCCCGUCGCCCCUCCCGCCGCCAAAAUUAUUUUAAUCAUCCUCGUCGUUAUCAUCGUCAUCAUCGCCAUCAUCUUAAUCCUCCACACUUUCUCACCCGACCUCUUUGACAUUAUUAUAACUACUAUAUUUUACACCAUCAUUAUCAUUAUCAUCAAUGUUCUUCUGAGUAUCCUGGCAGUAUUUAUUGGGAUCAUUGUAUUAGUCAUUGUCAUUUUGUGGGUAUUGCUCAGUAUUAUGAGUAUUUUCAUGAUGUUAGUCUUCUACAUAUUGGCUACGAUGAUGUUGACAAUUUUCAAUAGUUUUGCCCUGUUUUGGCGGGUACUAAGGCGACGAUAGAAGUGGUCGAACAUUCACUCUGUCAAAUAAUGGAAGUGUUGAAAUAGCCUGACUAAUUUGCAUUCAAAGAUAGUUCCAUUUUUCAAGCAGUAGCCGUUUGAGAUCGUUCUUUGUCCUGUAGAUUCUCGAAGUGACAAAAUUCUAUUCUGAUUCAUGUUUUAAACGUGUUUUAACAACGCAGUUCCUUGUAGUGACCUGAAAUUUAGCAUAAAACGAUCAUCAGUUUUUGAAACAGCGGUAGCAAUCUCAUGAAAAUGCUAAGCAAAUCGGUCCAGACAAGAGAAACCGUGUCUGAUUUUAUAUUCAGAUAUGAUGAAAGUUCUCCCUUGCUGACCAGACGUGUCUCGAACACAAUAACACACCUUUCGAUUGAAAUCUAUCGUUAAGAGACGCGUCUAUUCAAGGCCAGACCAUUCAGUAAGUAGAGCACUGAUCUCUCAAUCCUUUGCCAUUUGAACAAUGACAUAACCCGAUGAUGUAUGUCCCAAUUGUCAGUCAAACCUUGAUUCAAUAGAAUCAAUUAUGUAUCGUAAUGUGAUGAUGAUGAUUAUGGUGAUUCGAGUGUGAGAGAAAAGAUGAAGAAGAGGAGAAGGGAUAAGGAUAGGAAAAGAGAGAGAAAGAUGGGAGUGGGAAAGGAAAAAGAGAAGAAAAAGGAGAAAGAGGAGGGAGAGGAGGAAGAGGAGGAAGAGGAGGAAGAGGAAAAAGAUAAGAGGACGAAGCAGAAAAAAAAGAAGGUAGUGAAGAGAAAAAAGAUUGAUAACAAGAAGAAGAGAAAAAGAACGAAGUGAAUUAUGAAGAAGGAAUGAGAGAGAGAGAGAGUGUGUGAGAGAGAGAGAGGAGGAAGAGAAAAUACCGCCUGCAUCUACUCACAUUGUCACAAUGAUUAAAAUUUUAUUCACAUCCAAUUAUUUGGAACCAGGCUUCGGAUUCUCAGAUUUUCGUCUCGAAUAAUAUUCGAGUACAUACAUAAUAUUCGAGUCGAACGUUGAACUAAUUACCAAGAAAUGAGACCAAAAUUGAUCGAUCUGAAUCUAUGAUUUCAGUAGGAGUUGAUGGCAUGAUAAUUUAUCAUAUCAAUCAAACUAACAAAAAUCAUGAGUCUUAGAUGUAAUAUCGAUGUAAAAGAGAAAAAAAAACAUUUUUAUGAUGUAAAAGAGAAAAAAAAAACAUUUUUAUGAUGAAAAAGCACUUCGAAGUGCUUUUAAGUCCAAUUGUGUAAUCUAAGAUUAUUAUUACUGCCCAACAUAAUUUCUUACUGAUUAAUACUGUCUGGCCUAAUCUCUUGAUUGAAAACAAACCUCAUUUUAAAUAUGUAACUUGAAUAAGAUCUCGCUCAUGUAGGACAUACAUAUGCAAUUGAAAUAUUUCUUGUCAUAUCAUCCAAUGUACAUCACAAAGACACUUUCAGUAAACACAUUUUCUGAUUCACUUUCAUCAACGUUAAUUUAAAACAUUCUCCACACAAUUCAUUCUACUCAAUAUUCUUUCUAUUUAUGUUUCUAAUAUUAUAAAUGUUUGUUAUGCAUGGUAAAUUAUUGUGUAGCUGUAGGUAAUGAUAUUAUAGGAAUUAUGGCUUUUGAUGUUAAAUGAUGUUUUAUAGAUAGUCAUAGUCGUAUGAGAUUUUUCAACAAGCUGUUUGUAAAGCUUAAGGUUUUCAACAUUUUGUUGAUCCAAAUGACAUUCACUAUUUUUCUGCUCAACAUGAGAUCAACAGAACAAGUUUCUCUUGUGCUCUCAAGUGUUGGUCGAAUGGAAGGUCGUUGCUCAAAUGAUAGUUUGAAUGAUAGUCUGUUAUUCAUGUUCCAAUAGAUCAGGUAUUAAUUUCAUAAUUUGAAACGUUUGUUUCAAUUGCAGUGUUUAUUGGUUACUGAAAAUAAAUACAUCCAAUUCCAACAUUCAACUACAGAUUCAAUUUUGGUUUAUUCAGCAUACAAACCUAAAAGACUAAGAACGUCUGAUGUAGCCUACUUUGCACAAAUAUACACCUUAUUACUACACUUUCAAUGAAAAUCAUUGUAUAAAAAGCAAAAGAAUAUCAUUGUCACUGAAUAAGAAGAGGUUCAUUCUAUCAUGAGUAUCAAUGCAUUUUUGAAGUAUUCAAAACUCUUAAGGAUUUUUCAUGUACAUGAAAUAAUAUUAAGCAUUAUCCAACAAUGUUCAUAAGAUAUUGAAUAACUAAAAACUCUAUGGUUAACUUUUAUAAUAUUUACAGUAUCACUAAAUAUAACUUUAUAGCGGGUUUCUGCUGUAAUACAUUUAUUAUAAUUUAUUUUUAGAAAUUUUAUUUCCUAUAGAAUCUGCAUUGUAUAUUCGCAGUUAAUUUUAAGUAAAUUUUCAUCGGGAGAGCAAAAGUACUGAAGUAGGAUCUUAGGAACAUCAAUAAAGGACGGCUUUAUCGCAUUAGAAUUGCCUAUAAAUUCGUAUUUCCUGCUUCAGUAGCGACUAAAUAGCUCUAAUAAUCACGCUCAAUCCUAGAUUUCAGCUAUUCCCAUUGAGACCAAAAUAUUAUCAGGGAUAUAACACCUAAUUAUUCAAUCUGAAAUCAUGAUACCCGAUUACAAUUUAACUUAAUAAUAUCAUGUACUACCUAUGUCAUAGCUUCCCAACAGGGACAUUUGUUCACGUUUCAGGAGAAAAAAUAUCUUCAAUAAUAUAUUAUAUAAAUCCUUCACCACAUACAUUUGGAAGGAGUUUCACUUAUCAUCAAAUUUCAAUUAUUUCGUUCUAUGACUUCACUGUAAAAUCAAUUUACUUCCAAAAGUCAUCUAUUUGUGAGUCAACUCACAAAAAUAAUUAUCAUUUUUUGAAACAAUGAUUUGGUGCUAAGAUUUCCUGUCUGGAUGAUAUUUAUUCAAUAGUGUUAGUUCAUCAACUAGUCCAUGGUAUACAAUAUGUUCAGUUUUUGUUUCAAAAAUACACUUGGCGAGUUGAGUAUUACGAAAACAUAUUCUUAUUCUAUUUGUGUAGUAGCUACAUAUGCUGGGCUUUUCUGUGUAUAAUCCCUAAUCUAAUUAAACUUACUUGAUAUUUCCAGAUUCGUGAAAACUGUCCUUACAUGGUGGUUAUAUGUGAUUUUGAUGAUAGCUUUGCAUCUAUGUUCGAUGUGUAGUGUACAAUGUAUGUACUAUGUACGAUUUACACCAUUCUAGUAGAGUUAUUACGGUUAAGAGAUAGUUUCCUCAUGAUUUGACCAAAGGUUAGAGUAUAAUUUGCUUCUCAGUUUUAGUUUUGUAUAAUACAUAUUGUUUUCAUUAAUUUUCCACGAAAGUAAUUGAUUAACUAUCGCUUUUUACCAAAAAUCUAGGCAUAGCUGUCAGUAUGUUCUAUGUCGAUCCUAGAGUUGUUAUUCUAUUCUUUUGGAACGAUAUUGACUGACAGAUUUAUUUAUCACUAGAAAUAUAUGUUGGUUGCAAAAUAUUUCAUUUGUUACUCAAUUCAUUGUAUCGAUCAAAUUAGAUAUUAGCUUUCUAGAUGUUCAAUGUAGCUAAAGUAAGCAAAGUGAAUACAGUAUUGUCUAAUUAUCAGGUGAAAGAUAGUAGAAGCCAACUGAGUCUAUUGUCUGAGACUUCUCUUUGUAAGAAAAUAAUCAAUGAGUAUAGUAUUAUAACAUCACACUAUGUAGAGUUCAGAACAUAGCUUCUAGUUUACGUAAAAUAAUUGAUUAAAUUUUGAUUAACAUGUCAGAUGUAGAUGACUCACGAACCUAACAUUUUACAUGUAGUUGAAUUCUUAGUUUAUUCUCGAUGUAUUAAUAUAUUAUGUAUCAAUCAGAUUCUGCAUUUAAAAAGCAUUUGUACAGAAUAUUCCUACUGAUAUAGUGAGCUAUUUAGACGGUAGAUCAAACAAUGUGUGUAGUUAGAUUAAUCUUGUUACUCAUGCUUUAGUGUGGCACAAUAGUAACCUGUGUGCUCCAAUGAUGUAAAUCGAAAAUCAAAGUUUUCUUGAGGAGGAUUUCUUAGUUUCAGUUCUCAAGGUUUGUUUUCGUUCAGUUAGGAAUGGUUCCGAUAAAAUCUCAAUGUUACGCAACAGAAACAUCCAUAAAAUGAAUGGAAAAAUAUCCCGUAUUUUAGUACGUUGCAUCUUAACAUCUGAAUAUUAUAAAUGUUGUACCAUUAUUAACAUUAAUCAACAGGGUAGAAGGAUAAGAUGAGCUUUUCUCAUACAUGUAGAUUACAAUAUUAUGAUGGCUUAUACAAGGAAAGAGAGAUUAUAUUAUUAGAUAAGAUUAGAUUUUGUCUGAUUUGGUUUGAUUUUUUAUCCAUUCACGUGUAUUGUGUAUAAGAACACAUCAUGACUUUGGUACAAGCUUUAAAAUCCAAAUCGGCCUAAUAUUAAUAGUAAGAGUAAUUACCCUAUUGCUGUAUUGGUGCUAGAGAGAGAGAGAGUGCAAGUGUAUGUAUGUGUGUGUGUGAGAGAGAGAGAGAGAUAUUUGAUAUUUAUAUAUAAUACAUCUUCUAUUGCCAGGUCUGACAAGACCUAUGGCAAACACUGGUAAUAAUAAACAAAAUAAUAACACUUCUAUGAUAAAAAAAUAAUUACAAUAAUAGUACAUAAUAACAUAUUUGUGAAAAUGCAUGCUGAAGAUGAAAAUGAUGGGGGAUAUGAAUGAAUUAAAUCUGCAGAAUCUACAGAAGAGUGGAAAAUAUGAAAGGUACAAGUGGGUGGAUAUUAACGCUUGGUGAGGGGGGUAAGGAUGUAGAAUGUAGAGGACUAUGUGGAUAUAUGAGAAUAUAGUGGAUUCUACCACUCUAGCACCUUGUGCGUGUAUGUGUGUGAGAGAGAGAGAGCGAGUGAGAGAGUAUGUGUGAGAGUAAGUGUGUGUGAGAAAGAGAGAGAGUGAUCUUAAAUCGGAUUAAAAAGAGUGGGUGGAAGAGAGAGAAAGUGUGUGCGUGAGAGACAGCGAUCUAGGAUUGGAUUGGACAGAGUGAGUGAAAGGGUAAGAGAGAGUGUGUGAGAGAGAAUGAUAGAGAAAAUGAUAAAGAGAGACAUAGUAGAUUAGAUUAUAGAGAAUGUGUAAAAGAGAGAGAGAUAUUGGAUUAGAUUGGAUGACUAAGAGAGCGAGAUAGCGUGAAAGAUUUGGCUUCGAGAGUAUCAGGUAUUUUUUACAAUGUAUCUUGUAAAAGAUACAAUGUAGCUCGUGAAAAUCAACAGUUAGGUUUAAGCUUACUAGAACAUUUAUUUCCAAAUAUAGUAAAUAUUAAAUACUCAUCUAAAUUCCAUUUCGUAUACCUAAUAUCAAUGUUACAAAAUGAGUCAUUAAUUUUGAAAAAGUAUUUAAGCAUAUUAGAAUUAUGAAAAGAAUAGAACAUUGAUGUUUUCAAUAGCACUAUGUUUGUUCAAAAACACUUUACAUUACUGAACCAGGUUUCAUGGUUCCUGUGACGUCUUUCCAGCUUUCAAAAGAUGUCACGUCUGAUAGCAGAUAGCAGAUCAGCUGAACUUCUGUCUGCUGAGCUGAACAGUUCAACUGAGGAUAUGGCAGGUUCUGUCAUUUAAAGUGUUUUUUUAACUAAUUCAGUGGUAUUGACAAUAUAAAUGUCUUAUUAUAUUCUUAUGGAGAAAUACCUCAACAUCUCUUCUCAUACAAUUAAACUAUAUAAGAAUUAGUGUAAUAUUUUGUAUUUGCGGUUUAAGAUUCUUAGCGAACCGAAUUAGAUUAGCUACAACCAGUGUCUUGCACACUGUCUGGUCGCUGUCUUUAAACGCACAACCGCUAUUAAUCACGAACCGUAUUUGGGAAAGCGCCCGAAAAAGCUUGUGAAAUAAAGAGUUGUCAAAUAAAGAAACCUCAAUUGACUAUAAUUCUCGUAAACCUAGGUGGAUUUUCUCAAUUCCAAAACUUCGAACUUAGAAUCCAAACUAUAAACCCUUGAAAUCCUUUAAAGAGUCCCUCUAAGAUAUUCAAUUGUAGCCUCAUAGGUUAUUAAAGAUAAUACUCGUAUUAGAAUAUAAGAUCUGAACAUAAUAAUUUGUGUGACAUAGUUUUGUUAUAAUAUUUCAAUGAUAAUAAAACUAAUAAUAUUCACAGUAUUUGUCAAAUUUGAUGAAAAUAGAACAAAAACUUGCAAGCGUUGAGAUUUUAUUGGUACCGUAGAUCGUAAGUUUUGUUUAAAUCACUUGAGAGCAACAACUGAAUUUAUGUGCAGGUUUAAUCUAUUAAUUGUCGUUCAUUCAAACAUGACACAAGAUAGCUCUCAAAGCGCCGAAGUGAUACUACAAUAUUCUAGUUUGAUUUGUCGUUAUUUUAGAAUAUUAACGUGAAUUCUUAUUUUAAUAGUAAUUGUUAAGAUGACAACUAAUUAUCAGCUAUGAUCUCCACAGUAGAAUAGUUUGUAUUGCUUUGUAUUAUAUUUACUUUGAUUUUAUAUUAUAUCAUCUGCAAUACAUGAAUCUUAUCUCAUUGUUGUUAAAUAUGUAUUAGUAUUUAUUGUAUAGCUAUCAACAUUGCUAUUACACUGCUGAAAUUUAACUUAGGCGGGUAUUGAAUGUUUUAAGUUUAUACAUUGUAUUUCCAUGUUUCUUGACUUAUUAAUAAAUACAAUUCAGCAUUACUAUUCCACUGUUUAAAAUGAACUAAAGCGUGUAUUGAAUGUUAUUGAAUGUGUAUUGCAUGUUUUUCCAUUAUCUAUUCAUGUAUUUAUAUUUCAUAAACAAAUAUUAUAAUAUUUGUGUCAAUGAGAAUUGAAAUAAAUGUAUCUUGUGUGGAAAAUAAAUAAAUGUUUCUCGUGAGAAAAAUCAGU